AUGUCUUCCAAGUCAGAAUUCACCGCGGAAACCACUGCGAUCGAGGUCGCCGCCGCCUUUCCCGGCUCUAUCGCAAACAGGACUUUCAUCAUUACCGGAGUUUCCCCCAAUAGCAUUGGAUUCGCAACCGCUGAGGCUCUCGCCUCCCAGAAGCCGGCACGUCUUGUUCUAGCAGGUCGCUCCAUCGAAAAGGUCAAUGAAACGAUCAUCUCGCUCAGAUCCCGCUACCCCGAAGUCGUAUACGAUGCCCUCUUGCUGGAUCUCUCGUCGCAAGCAUCCGUGAGAGCUGCCGCGGACAAAAUCAACUCAUCCGCCGAUAUCCCCAAGAUCCAUGGGAUUAUCAACAAUGCCGGGAUCAUGGCCAUCCCCGAGAAAACUCUAGUGGACGGCGUCGAGCUCACUUUUGCGACCAACCACGUCGGGCACUUUCUUUUCACGAACCUCGUGAUCGAGAAACUCAUAGCUGCCGUCAAGGCAUCGGAGACCCCCGUCAGAAUCGUCAAUCUGACAUCAUUUGGCCACUUCUUCGCCCCGGUCAGAUUCUCAGACAUCAACUUGGAUAAAAAGUCGGUAGAUCUGCCGGAGGAGGAGCGCCCGCUUCUCGAGAUGACCAAGCAGUUCUACGGACAGGAUCUCUCCGACGUUAGCUACGACGGCAUGAUGGCGUACGCCCAGAGCAAGACUGCCAACGUGCUGUACACCAUCUCCCUGAACCAGAAACUCGGCGGAAAGUACGGCAUCGAGUCCUUUGCGGUGCACCCGGGUGCCGUCGAUACUAACAUCUCCCAGCAUGUUAGCCAGGAGGAGAUGGACGCCCUCAAGGACAGGGUGUCAAAGAUGGGCAUCCCCCUCAUCCAGAAGACGAAAGAGCAGGGCGCAAACACUUCGGUCCUCGCCGCUGUGGAUCCCUCCCUCGGCCCGGUCGACUUGUCGGCGGAUGUGGCCAAGGGCGUGUAUUUGGCGGACUGCAAGGCUACCGAAGAUGGAUGUGCUCCGCAUGCCAAGAGGCUGAAGGAUGCCGAGAGACUUUGGGAGUUGACCGAGGGAUUGGUCAAGCAGAAGUUCCACUUUUAG